AAUAAAUAAUGAAAGUGGACGGAGGGGAGCUGCAGCUGAUUUGCUGAUGUCAGGGAGCCAGUGCAGCAUUUCAUGGUGCAGGGUGUAAACGCGCGGUGCCAUCUGCCUCGAUCGGUGCUCUCAGAAAAAGCUCACACAUGCACGCCCGGCAAGAAAGAUGCUGCCAACUCUCAAGAUUUGGGCAUUGUUUUCCGUGUCGCUUUGUUUCCUGUCUCAACCGGGUCAUUUAAAGAAGGUUUUCCGAUGUCCUUCAACAUGCAGCUGCUCCAGGGAGUCCAUCAUUUGCGUCGGGUCCUCCUAUGUCCCAAGGAUUAGCCUCAACGACAUCAGCUCUCUGAGUAUUGUCAAUGGGACUUUCUCCGAGGUCAAAGAGGCAAUGUUUGCCCACAUGCCAUCCCUCCAGCUACUGCUUUUGAAUUCCAAUUCUCUAACAACUGUAAGGGAUGAUGCAUUCUCAGGCCUUCCACAUCUGGAGUAUCUGUUCAUUGAGAGUAAUAAGAUUGAGACUGCAGCCAAAUAUGCCUUCAGAGGACUCAGGGACUUGACACACUUGUCUUUGGCAAACAACAACAUUAAAGCAUUGCCCAGGGAUCUCUUCAUCGACUUGGACUCACUGAUAGAGCUGGACCUGCGAGGCAAUGCCUUUGAGUGUGACUGCCGUGCCAAGUGGCUGAUGACGUGGCUGAAGAACACCAAUGCCACAGUGUCAGAUGUCGUGUGUGCUGGACCGGAGGACAUGAAGGACAAGCGGCUCAAUGAUAUGACCAGUCUGCACAAAGAAUGCAUCUCAACGGAUUUUGUCCUCCAUCAGUCCGUGGCAUCUGAGUCUCUGUCUGUUGACACAUUCAGCUAUAAGAAUGAUGUCUAUGUGACCAUUGCUGCCCCCAGUGCAGAGAGUUGUAUGGUUUUCCAAUGGGACCACAUAGAAAUGAACUUCAGGACUUAUGAUAACAUCACAGGUCAAUCUAUUGUGGGGUGCAAGUCAGUUGUCAUCCAGGACCAAGUCUUUGUCAUCGUGGCUCAGCUCUUUGGUGGUUCCCACAUCUACAAGUUUGAUGAAGACCAAAGCAGGUUCAGCAAGUUCCAGGACAUUGAGGUGUCCAAGAUCUCCAAGCCCAAUGACAUUGAGGCAUUCCAGAUUGGCUCGGACUGGUUCUUUGUGAUUGCUGACAGCUCCAAAGCGGGCCUGUCCACCCUCUACAAGUGGAACGAUAAGGGCUUUUAUUCAUACCAGUCGCUACAUGAGUGGUACCGCGACACAGAUGCAGAGUUCUUGGACUUAGAUGGGAAGGCCCACCUUAUCCUGGCAAGCCGCUCACAGGUGCCUGUGAUCUACCAGUGGAGCCGCAGCAACCAGAAGUUUGUCCUGCAGGGUGAGAUCCCCAACAUGGAGGAUGUUGUAGCUGUAAAGCACUUCCGGAUCAAGGAAGAACUCUACCUGGCUAUGACACGCUAUAUUGGUGACUCUAAAAUACUACGUUGGGGUGCCAAACAGUUUGCGGAGAUCCAGGCCUUACCCUCACGAGGCUCCAUGAUUCUUCAGCCGUUCUCUUUCAAAGAGCGUUACUACCUGGCCCUCGGGAGUGAUUACACCUUUUCACAGAUCUACCUGUGGGAUGAUGAGAACAAACUCUUUGACCGCUUCAAGGAGGUGUAUAUCCAGGCACCACGCUCCUUCACUGUGGUUUCCACUGACCGCAGGGACUUCAUCUUCACCUCUAGCUUCAAGGGAAACACACAGAUCUUUGAGCACAUCAUCAUUGACUUGAGCUUGUGAGGGGCUGUGCUUUGUUGCCCUUCCUGCAAUCGAACGUCUUCCACUAAAAAGAUCCAUUUGUGAAGGGAAAAAAAAGGACCAGAACAGACUUAACAAACUGUUAAAUAUCAAUUCCUCCAUAUCUAUCUGUCAAAAGUAAGAGCUGGGUCAAGUGGCAUUUGGGAUCCUUUUAGUUUUUAGGGUUUCUUGACUAUUUUUCAAUGGCCUUGUCCUAUCAUCUGUUCACAUGGUCUCAGACUUUCAGAGACCCUACUAUUUCGCGUAGACUGAGAGGGGGAGUCAAGAGGGUGCGCAGUUGUACGAGGAGGCUGGUAUUCUUCUAGAAAUCCCGCUGACAUUCCUGAGGGCAUAAAUAUGAAAUAUAAUUUUAUCUAUUUGGACGAAUACACUUCAGUUUAAUCUCCUGUGCUCGUGGUUUUAUGCCCAAAAAAUAUACAACAGGACCUGAGUGAAAAAUCAUAUUACUAAUAUUGUUUUGUUCUCAUUUAGGGCAUGUAACAGGUGUGGUCGCUCAUCUAUGUGCCACUUACCCCAUGUCUCCAUACCGUGUGGUAAUGUACAGUUUGUUGCCUUAUCUGCACUGGGGUUCUGUGUUCUGAUGGGCCCACAGUGCCUCCCUCUGGCCGUGAUAAAGUAUCACACCCCUUUGCUUUUUCCAUACAGGGAAUGUCUUGAAAGCACAAACCUUUAAUUAUCGUAGCUGAGACCCCAGCCCUUAGAGUGUAGUUGUUACGUGGAAAAUGUUACUGUAGGUGCUAUAGAUUAUACUGCGUACAGUAAAAAAUGAAGAUGUGGUUUGUUGUUUUAGAAGGUGAAAUAUUCAGGACCGGAUAUAGCUAAUGCCUUUUUAGACUAAUAAAUGUGAAUGGAGGAACCUUUUAGUCCAGAGGAACUAUAGGUGGCAGAUAGGAGCUCUUUUUAUCCAUUUAAUGUUUAGGUGAUGUCAGGGAAAUUAAACCUACUUACAAGUUUGAAAAAAUAACCACAGUUGUUUGACUGACAUAAUUAACUUUUCUUUUUAGACUAUGAUGAACAAAAAGUCUCUUCACCGCAGAAGUCAGUGGACUCAAAUAUCCAAAUCUGAUAAAAGGACAUAUUUGCUUUUGUCAAAAAAAUGAUGAUGAUGUAAAUAUAUUCACCCAAGUUGAGAGGCUUUUUCCGUCUGUCAUUCUGUUCUUACAAAUGCUGAAUGUUGACUUACAAGCGACAAAAUGUACAUUAAAAAAAAGAUGGACUGCAAUGCCACUACCUGUUUGUCACACGGAAACCUAAACAGAUCUUUGCACUUACUUAAAAAGAAAUAAAUCGUUAUUGCAGCUUGCAAGAGCAUGACAUUCAAAAAAGGGUGUUUGCCAAAUUCUUUUUAGAUGAACCUAACAAACUGAGAAGUCUUAAAGUGCUUCUACUUAUUACGUGAAUGGUAUUGUAAUUUAAAAAAAAAACAAAACAAAAAAAAACAUAAUGGAAUAUGCAAGCUUGACAAAAUGCAGAUUCUUUUAUAUGAUUUUGUUUUGAGCAUAUUGAAUGUUACUCUCAAAAUAUACUGUAAAUCUAAUCAUUUGAGUAUCAAAAUAAAUGUGUAAAAGUA